AUGAAUAUUAAUUAAGAGGCAGUAAAAGCUCAUAUCUCGUAAUUGCUGACUCAAAUAAGAUAGUUGAAGGAGAAGAUUCAAAAUUUAGAGAUACCUGAAUUAGGAAAUUAAGCAAGUUAUAAUAAAAAUACUGAUUUAAUUGAAGGUUCAAAAUAACAGCUUCAUCAUAUAAUUACUUAAUAUUUCAAAGAUAUUCAAAAUAUUUAUAUAUACUUAAGUCGAUUCUAUCCAACAACAGCUUUAAAAUGUAUUGAAUUAUUUUAUAUAUAAAAAGAAUAUAUGAAAUAAGAAAUUGAGAGUAUAUUUGCUUAAUUAUCAGAAUAUAAGAAAAAAAUGAAUGAUAAACAAUUUUCAUAAUUUGAUUAUGAAGAAUUUUAAGCUGCUAAUUAUCCUGCAAAGAAAGAUGAAAUAUAAUAAGAAUGUAUGUAAAUUUAAACUGAAAGUUAUCCUAAUCAUACAAGUGAAUGUAUGCCAAAUAUCAAAGUUCAAAAUAGAAUAACAGAAAGUCUAUAUUUUGGUUUAAAUUAAUAUGCUUCUGUAUAUUGGCCAAGUAAAAAAGGAAAGGCAGAAAGUCUAUUCAUUAACAAACCAAAUUUCUUUAUUGAAAAUACAAUGUAAAUUUAUUAUUAUUAUUUAUUUAUUUUAUAGUUGUAUACCAUAUGCUUAAGAUAAUAAAUUAUAUGCAUAUGAUUAUGCUUCAUAAAAGAUCUUUUAAACAGAUUUAAAUGAAUAAAUUCCAGAUCAUAGUUCUUUUUUAAAUUUACCAAAUGGUAAUUUAUUCAUUAGUGGAGGUGUUAAUUCAUAAGGAUAGAUAUUAGGAGAAUGCAGAUUUAUUGAUAUUUCAAAAGGAACUGUAUUAAAAUUACCUGAUAUGCUUGUAAAAAGAGUAGGACAUACUUUAGUAUAUAUAUAACCAAAUACAUUUUGGUCAGAAGCACCAAAAGGAUAUAUUUAUGCAAUUGGUGGAAAAACACAUAAUAAUUUUAGAACAAAAUUAUGUGAAAGAUUUAAUAUAGAGAAUUAAUAAUGGGAAGAGAUAGAAAAAUUAAAUGAUGCUAGAUCAAGAUCUUCAUGUGCUUAUUCAGAAGAAUAACAUGGUAUAUUUGUAUUUUUUGGAACAUCAAGUUAAUAAUUAAAUGUUGUUAGUGCAGAAAGAUAUGAUUUAUUAUCAAAGAAAUGGGAAAGAUUAAUAAUUAAUAAUUAAUUAGAAGGUUUUGAUGUAAGUUGGGGAAAUGCAAUAUGUAUUAAUGAAGAUUAAAUAUUAAUAUUUGGAGGAUUAAAGGAUAGUCAAUAUUUUGAAAAUAAUCUUUAUUUUAGUAAAAAGAUUUUGGUUUAUAAUAUUUAGAAUGAAAGGUAUUAAUAUUUUAUUAAUUAAAAAAGUAUUACUGUAAAUGAUAGUCAACUUCCUGUAGAUUUAUUACCUUUGACUUCAAUUAUUCAUGAUAAUAAAGUAUAUAGUGUUGGUAAAUACAUGAGUUGUGUAUAAUUACCUCCACAUUAAAGUUUAGGAGAGGGAGCUUUCUUAGUGGAAUUGGGAGAAGUCAAUUCUAUCAUAUGCUUUUUUGGAUGAUU